CAUACCUGGUAUCAGUGCAGUGCAUCACCUGUGGCCGAGGAGGAAGAGGAGGGUGGAGUUAAAACACAAGGCGGAAGGCGGACAAACAGCAACACACUGAUCCCCUGAGCCUGAGUCACUGGAGGAAAACACGGCGACGAGGAGCUGAGGAGCUGCUGAACCAGGACCUGACGCCGAGCGGGGAUGAGAUGUGGAAGGUGCCUGACGGUGUGACGGAGAGAAACAUGAGCCGACAAUAACAGGAUCUUCGCUAUAACUCAUCUUUAUAUGGGAUAAUAAAGUCUGCUGAAGGAGCAGGAUGGCUGAAUUGAGACCAGACGACUUGUGCCAGCCUGGAGAUACUCUCUGCGAUAUCCGUGUUUAUCAGCAGGAGGUGAUCAUCGUGCCCAUCCUCCUCCUGUCCUGCUUCCUCAUCAUUCUGGUCUUCAUCCUCCUGCUGCACUUCUGUCCAGAGAAGGUCGACCGGAUCCGGCCGGACGGCUCGAAGUCGGCCUCCAGGAGGGUGCUGCACGGCAUCGACGCUCCACCGGGAAUCAAUGUUCUGGAGCACGAGAGCAUCGCCUUGGACGCGCCCAGCUCCUACGCCACCUUCCACCCCCCGAACACCUACUACUCCAAGACCCUCCCCACGUCGGUGAGCAGCCGCGGCCGCCCCCCCAGCCCCCCGCCGGAUCCCCUCAAGUCCGGUUUCACCCCCAUCGUCCAGCCCAGAGAGCUUCCCCGGCAGCGGCUGCCCUCCUCCUUCAACCUGGUGUCUCCCCUGCCCUCCUCCUUCUCCCUGCGCACCGACUCGGCGGUGUCGCUGUGCAGGGCCCGCAUGGAGAACAGGAACGUCAUCCUGAGGGUGCUGAACGACUCCGCCGACGCUUCGGAGAGACACAGCUUCCUGGGCUUCGCCAGCUUCCUGUCUCAGCUCGGACCGCAUCCCUUCCUCCCCGAGCUCCUGGGCGUGGUGUCGCUCCGCGCCCCCCUGGUCACCGUCGUGGAGGAGCUGGAGAACAGAGACCUGCUCAGCUUCCUGUGGCGAUGCAGACAGGAAAACGUGGAUCCGCCCUGUGAAAUGACUGAGAGGCGAAUAUUUACCAUGGCCAAACAGGUGGCCUCUGCACUGGAAUACCUGCACAGCAAAGAUCUGCUCCACGGAAACAUCCGAGCUCGCAACGUCCUGGUGAGUAAGGAGCACACGGCCAAGCUCUGGGGCCUGCACGGGGUUUACACCCGGAAGAACCAGGGAGCCACUCAGAAGGAAGACCCCAGCAUGAAGAAAUGGCAAGCGCCAGAGCUGCUCGCCCGGAGGCCCGCCAGCCACAGCAGCGACGUCUGGUCGUUUGGCAUCCUGCUGUAUGAAAUGGCAACUUUGGGUGAAGCUCCGUUUGCAGAGGUCCCAGUCAACGAGCUUCUACAGUUUCACCAACGAGGAAAGAGUUUGAAAAAACCUUCAAAUUCCUCCAACUCACUAUACGCCAUCAUUAAAGGCUGCUGCCACUGGAAGGAACAGGACCGGCCGUCUCUGCCCGAAGUGAGCCGGAAGCUCACGGCAGCAGAGAAAAGCGCCUCGGACAAAGUGCUGAAGGCAGCCGGGCCGGUGAACAUCGAGCAGUAUCUUCAGGAGGCGGGAUACGGGGAAAACAACAGCUACACUGUGUUCUGAUCAACGCCGGUGCCAGGACAAUUAACAAAAAGCAGAUUGAUUGCACUUCUAUCGAAUAACCAAAGGAUAAUCUUCUCGACAGCGAUAACAUUUUGGGUAAAAAUAACGUUUCUAUGCGGUGUGUGUGCUGAAGCACUCGGGGAAAUGUUCUCAGUACCUGCAUGAGCACAGUUUAUCAGGGGAAAAUCAAACUUGAUUUUGGAGACUAUAAGACGUGUGAACCGGAUCGAUGUACAGCAGCUUGCAAUCUGAGCUUGUGGGUGAUUCUGUCCGGAGAUAGGAUGGUUUACAGGAACUAUGUAUCAGCCAAUGUAUUUAAUGAAGAUUUCAGAGCUAUAUUUGAAUGCAUGAGUCCACAUCAGGACCAGUUUUUGCAAGGAAGGAUGUAUCGGUGUCACGGACACUUCUACUACCAUGUUUACAGAAAUUCUAAUGUGAAUUAAAAAAAUGACC